GGGGGCGGGAGCGGCGCGCGGGGCGCGGGAGGUUUGGAGCCAGGUCCCAGCGGCGGGCGGCUGCGCAUCCCGCAGCCAUGGAGGACUACGAGCUGGAGCUGUACGGCGUCGAGGACGAUUUCGACAGCCAAUUCGCGGCCGAGCUCGAGGUGCUGGCCGAGCUGGAAGGGACUGCCGCCCUGUCGCCUUCCAGGGACCCCCGGCCCACUGUGGGUCGGCCCCGCCUGACGUUCGAGGAGGCAAUUGCUGGAGGGGACGCUGCCAUUCACUGUUCUCCAGGCGGACCUCCAAGGAACAGCAAGGGCAGUGUCAGGAAGAGGCAUCUGGCUCCUGACAUCCAGGGCGACAGAUCCCUGCCCCCUACUCCCCACAUCAAACGGUCCAGACUGCAGGCUGUCAGGAGACUGAACUUUAGGUCGGAGGAGAUGGAAGAGAUGACACCUCCUGAUUCCCCGACUCUGGACAUCACUCCCCCACCAAGUCCCGAGAUACCUGAUGAGCUGUUGGGCGAAGGGCCCUUAGACUCUGGGGCUGAUGCGGGUCUCACUCAGGCCUCGCUAGCCACCCGCAAUCCUGUUUUGCGGCGGCCCCCAGUCUUGGAAGACUACGUCAAUGUGACCUCCACGGGCGGCGACCGGGCCUUUCUGGUGCUUCGGGCUGACCCAGUGGGCACUGGGGUGCAGAGCCCUUUCCGUGACAUCCGGUGGCGUGGCCGUGGCCAGUUGGACCUGCUGGGCAUGCCCUUCGCCUCCCUGAAGGAGAAGGUCGACAGCGAGCGGCGGCAGCGACUGCUGGAAGAGGCCCAGCGGCUCUCAGACAUGCUGUGCAGUCUCAGGUCACAGGAGAUGGAGGAGGAGACCCAGCCCUCAGAGGCGCCUGAGGAGGAGCCAGCUGACAGCCAAGAUGCCUCCCAGCAUUGCCUCUGGGUGGAUGAGUUUGCACCACAGCGCUAUACGGAGCUGCUCAGUGAUGACUUCACUAACCGCUGCCUUCUCAAGUGGCUGAAGCUGUGGGACCUAGUGGUGUUUGGCCGAGAGAAGCCUGUCCGGAAGCCUAGGCCCAGUGCAGAACCGGCUCGUGGUGGCAAGGAGGCCACAGCUUCCAGCAAGUGGAAAAGCCACGAACAAGUUCUCGAGGAGAUGCUGGAGGCUGAGCUGGACCCAAGUGGGCGGCCCCGGCAGAAGGUGGCACUGCUGUGUGGGCCCCCAGGGCUGGGCAAGACCACCCUGGCCCACGUGAUUGCGCGGCACGCUGGGUACUGCGUGGUGGAGAUGAAUGCGAGUGAUGACCGCAGCCCUGAAGCCUUCCGCACGCGCAUCGAGGCGGCCACGCAGAUGGAGUCCGUCCUGGGUGCUGGUGGGAGACCCAACUGCCUGGUCAUCGACGAGAUCGAUGGGGCCCCCACGGCUGCCAUUAAUGUUCUCCUGAGUGUCUUGGAUCGCAAGGGCCCACAGCAGGCAGGGCCAGGGGGCCCAUCUGUGCCCACAGGCGGGGGGCGGCGGCGCCGGGCAGAGGCGGGGCUCCUGAUGAGGCCCAUUAUCUGCAUCUGCAACGACCCGUUCGCGCCCUCUCUCCGGCAGCUGAAGCAGCAGGCCCUCCUGCUACAUUUCCCGCCCACGCUGCCCUCCAGGCUCAUGCAGCGGCUCCAGGAGAUCUCCCUGCGGCGGGGCAUGCGGGCUGACCCUGGCGCUCUGGCGGCCCUCUGUGAGAAGACGGACAACGACAUCCGCGCCUGCAUCAACGCCCUGCAGUUCCUGCACAGGCGGGGCCAGCGGGAGCUGAGCGUUCAGGCCGUUCAGAGCACGCGCAUUGGCCUGAAGGAUCAGCGGAAGGGGCUCUUUUCUGUGUGGCAGGAGGUCUUCCAGCUGCCCCGGGCCCAGAGGCGCCGUGUGGGUCAGGACUCAACCCUGCCCACUCACAUGCUCCUGCUCGGGGACCAGCUCUCGGGCUCGGGGCCCCUCGCUGCCGAGGCGCCCCUGACCACAGCCGCGCAGCGUUUCUACCACAUCUUGCACAUGGCCGCAUCUGCAGGCGAGCACGAGAAGGUGGUCCAGGAGGUGACUGGGUCAGACGAGUGGGGGCAGCAGGCUAGGCCUUUCUGGCCCCCUCAUGGCCCUGUGGCCACUCGCUGCAGCUUACAGGGCCUGUUCGACAACUUCCUGCGGAUGAGGCUACGGGACUCCAGCCUGGGCGCCGUGUGCACUGCCCUUGACUGGCUGGCCUUUGACGACCUGCUGGGCCGGGCCGCCCUCCACGGCCAGAGCUUCCAGCUGAUGCGCUACCUGCCCUUCCUGCUCCCGGCCUUCCACCUCCUCUUCGCUUCCAGCCACGUGCCACGGAUCACCUUCCCCAGCAGCCAGCAGGAGGCCCAGAAUCGCAUGAACCAGACACAGAACCUGAUCCAGACGCUGGUGUCGGGCAUCACGCCAGCCACCCGCAGCCGGGCUGCACCGCAGGCACUCAUCCUAGACACCCUCUGUCUGCUUCUGGACAUCCUCACGCCCAAGCUGCGCCCAGUGAGCACGCAGCUGUACAGCGCCCGAGAGAAGCAGCAGCUGGCCAGCCUGGUAGGCACCAUGCUCGCCUACAGCCUCACCUACCGCCAGGACCGCACGCCCGACGGGCAGUACAUCUACAGGCUGGAGCCGAAUGUGGAGGAGGUUUGCCGCUUUCCCGAGCUGCCCGCCCGCAAGCCCCUCACCUACCAGGCCAAGCAGCUCAUUGCCCGCGAGGUGGAAGUGGAGAAGAUGCGGAGGAUGGAGGCCUUGGCUCGGGCCAGAGAUGGCCCCCAGGUGGAUGGGGGUCCCCCGGGGGGCUCGGGGGAGAAGGAGCUGCAGCCACCUGCCCCAUGCAACCACAAGCAGCGGCUGGAGUGUAUCCUGAAGAGAGCCGCCCUGGAGGAACAGCCUGAGAGGGACUUCUUCGGUCGUGUGGUUGUCAAGAGAGCAGCAGCCCCGAGCACAGGGCACGAGGCCCCAGAGACUGACACAGCUGAGCGGCGUGUGGGCACUGCAGUGGGCAGGAGUGACGUGUGGUUCCGCUUCAAGGAGGGCGUCUCCAAUGCUGUGCGGCGCAGCCUGUACAUCAGAGACUUGCUCUAGGGGGCAUGGUGAGCCCCUGGAGCCUGGGCGGCCACCCUGGGCUGUACUGGACACCCCGACCCAUGCUGGACGUCCCCAGGGCGUAUGCUGGACACCCUAGUCCGUUGGACCCUCUGGGGUCACGCUAGACACCCUGGACUACACCAGAUAUCCCCUGAUACACACCGGCUACCUAGGUGUUGCUUUCUCUCUCCUAGAAAGUGUACAAAAGCACCAGCAUUCUCGCAAAGUCUUUAUAAAACUCACACCUUUA